CAUAUUUUAAUUAAAAGUACAUUUCACUCCUCAAUAAUUAAAACAAGCAAAACUUUUUUUUUUGUUCAUACUUUGGAAACUGUGGUUAUCUGAGUUCUCUCACAUGAUACUUGAGGGCUGAGAGGAAAAAAGUUUCAGUAAGGCAGGUCUUUUUUUUUUUUUCAUUUCAACAAGGGGGAAACCACCAUCAAACACAGACAUUCAACUCAUCUGUGUUUCGUGGCUUUACCUACAGCGUACUACUCUCAGUCAACAUGAUUUCUGUCAGUGGUCUCCGAAGCCUUUUGCCAGCUGUGCUGAUAUGGAUAAUGAAUUUUAAGUCUUGCUUGUCUCAGCAUGAAGAGAAUUCAACCACCUUUAAUUACACAGAUUAUAACUACUCUGGUGUGGAUUAUGAUGACUUUCCUUCAGUGUGUGUAAAAGAAGCCAACCGCCAGUUCCGCCUCUGGUUUAUGUCUACCUUCUACUCCAUCAUCUGCUUCUUGGGGCUGGCAGGAAAUCUACUGGUCAUCCUCACUUUCUUCUACUUCAAGCGUCUCAAGACCAUGACGGAUGUGUACCUGCUCAAUCUGUCCUUUGCAGACCUGCUCUUUGCUUUGUCGCUCCCCUUUUGGGCAGCCAACUCCAUGGCAGAAUGGGUGCUGGGUCUGGUGGUGUGCAAAGCCAUGCACACUAUUUACAAGGUCAGCUUCUAUAGCAGCAUGUUCCUUCUCAGUUUCAUCAGCGUGGAUCGUUAUUUCGCCAUCUCCAAAGCAGUCUCCGCUCACCGUCACCGGUCCCAAGCAGUGUUUCUCAGCAAGGUGUCAUCAGCUGUCAUUUGGGUUAUGGCACUGAUCUUCUCCACACCAGAAAUGAAGUACACCACCAUCAAUAACAACACCUGCACCCCAUAUACCAGCAAUUCUGACCGGCUCCGUGUAAGCAUCCAGGCAAGCCAGAUCACUUUGGCUUUUGCCCUUCCACUUCUGGUCAUGUGCAUCUGUUAUAGCAGCAUUGUCCAGACUCUCUGCCAGGCUCGUAACUUUGAACGGAAUAAGGCCAUAAAGGUGAUUCUUGCUGUGGUAGCUGUCUUCCUAGUAUGUCAGGUCCCUUAUAACCUGGUCCUAUUUUGGACCACAGUUGUCACAGCACAGGGGGGAACCAAGGACUGCAACUAUGACAACCGCCUCCUCUAUGCCACUGAUGUCACCCAGUGUGUGGCCUUCCUGAGGUGCUGCCUAAACCCCUUCGUCUACGCCUUUAUUGGUGUGAAGUUUCGUCAUGACCUCCUGAAGUUACUGAAGGACUUGGGAUGUAUGAGCCAAGAAAGGUUCUUCAGGUAUACCUGCGGCAGGAGGAGGAGCUCUGCAGCCAAUGACACUGAGACAACCACCACAUUCUCUCCUUAAAGCUAUUUCAGUAUUGACAACAUCCUAUCCACACCUGCAGACCACACAGUGGACUGAACGUUGGCAUAAAAGUAUCAAAUCACCAAUAUAUUUUACAUGUACACUGCAGAAUUUAUCAUAUAAAUGACGAGUAUAUGGGUCUGUAUUUUGUUGUUCAUUGUUCUCACUUGGUGUUCAUUCUCAUCAGUUAAGAUCAAAGGCUUUGCUUGUUUUUUGUAUUGGCUACAGUGUACAGUAUUUCAAGAAUUCACCAUGUUAAUGAAAAAAUUGACAGUGUUUCUAAACCAUUAUAUUUUGUUUGAUGUUUUCUAUUUCUUUAUUACAAGAUUUUAUUUUUACUCUGCUGUAUUGUAUGUUAUUGGAAACACUGUAAGAUAAUUAAAUAAGAUAAAAUUCACUGAA